GGGUGGAGCGACGUCGUCGUUUCGAUUAGGUUGGGGGGAGUGGGGACGUGUCCAUCCUUUUUAUAUUUGAACGGAGAGAGUAGAGAGGGUGACAUCAGCAAUCAUUCGAAGAUACUCAAAACAAAGUCUGAACUCUUUCUCUCUCUCAGUCUCAACUCUGAAAUUCUGAACUUGGAUUUGGAUGCUUCCAUUCCCUCUCUCUCUUUCUGUUCCCAAAAUUCUCAUUCCACAUUCCAAAUUCGCCCUUCAUGGGGAAAGGAGCCGGCUGCUUUCAUAGCAAGAAGAAGCCCCCGCCGGUCGCCGACGAUGCUCCCGCUCCCACCGUUGCCGCCGCAGCCCCCACCCCGCCGCCGAUCUCGCCUCCAGACAACGCCCGCGCGCGCGAACCCGACGCGCCAGCGCGUGAGGCAGCGUCGUCGUCGUCGUCUCUCCCGGGCGGCGCGAAAUUGAAGGUCUUCAUCGUGUUCUAUUCGAUGUACGGACACGUGGAGGGGCUGGCGAAGAGGUUGAAGAAAGGCGUGGACGGAGUGGAGGGUGUGGAAGGGGUUCUGUAUAGGGUUCCGGAGACAUUGCCGAUUGAGGUGCUGAAUCAGAUGAGGGCGCCGCCAAAGGACGACGCCAUACCAGAGAUUACGGCGGCGGAGUUGACGGCCGCCGAUGGGGUACUGUUUGGGUUUCCGACGAGGUACGGGUCGAUGGCGGCGCAAAUGAAGGCUUUCUUUGACUCCACGGGGCACUUGUGGAAGGAGCAGAAGCUUGCAGGGAAACCCGCUGGGUUCUUUGUUAGCACCGGAACUCAAGGAGGAGGCCAAGAAACUACUGCUUGGACGGCAAUCACUCAGUUGGCACAUCAUGGAAUGCUUUUUGUUCCUAUUGGAUAUACAUUUGGACCCGGAAUGUUCAAGAUGGAGGACAUAAGAGGUGGUACUCCAUAUGGUGCAGGAGUGUUUGCCGGUGAUGGCACAAGAGAGCCAAGUGAAACAGAGAUGGCUCUUGCAGAGCAUCAGGGCAAGUAUAUGGCUGUUGUAGUCAAGAAACUCGCCCAGUCAUGAAUGGUGUUUUCUUCAUUUCAUUCUAUUCUUGUUUGAUUAUCUCUGUAUUUUUUGACCGUUCUUUUUGUCAAAUUGGUUCUAGCAUUUUACCAUUGCAUUGUGAUGACUGGUGAGGAACGGCAGUUCUGUUACACUAUCGAUUCUGUUGGGUUGGGGAUUCCCAUGUUGGGUUCUGCUUUGUUUCUGGAAGGUGUAGAUGUUGGUAAAUUUUCGUCAUAUAAUAAUUGUGAAUUUGUGUAUCUUCGUGUGAUCGUUUCUUCUAUGUUUGCCUUUACACAUGAUUAUCAAUGUGUAAUAUGACUUGGAUAAUACAAUUGUUUAAACUCGUGAUUGUGACAUCAAUUGUUGGUUAGAUCGGAAAAUAAUGAAUUUCUCAGCUUUGAAUUUUA